AUGCCAUCUGAAAUAAAGUUGCUAGAUAAAGUGCACCCUGAGAUUAAUCUCUUAUCUGAAUCCACAACUUCUGCUACAAGAGGCAAACAUGCAAAAUCUAUAGAACCUGGUGUGCCUGAAACACACAUAUCCGCUAAAAGAGGGUCGGAAAAGUCUGUGAUUUCAGUUAAAGUAAAAAGAAAGACUACAUCAAGUAUUACAUCUAAGAAAUCAAAAAAAAGCAAAAGCAAAGCAACUGAACUUGUAACACUCACCCAUACAAAAGAAAACCCACUAAGAGAAUUAACUGAUACUGGUCUACCCUUUCCCAACGAAAGUAUUUCUUCUGGCAAAACAUCAAUAAUAAAAAAGCUUAAAAAAACUAAAGCUUCCGGUAUUUUAACACCUAAAGUAGGCAAACCACCGCAGAAAGAAAAAGCAUUUCUAGGCAAAUCAACUGCUGGUCUUCGACUAACAAUCGUAAAUAAACCCGCGUCAGUAAGAGCUUCGAUACAAAAGAGCAAAGAAGACAUUGGGCCUCUUUCGCCAAUAGAACGAUUGCAAAAAGAUUAUGCUGCUGGUGUAAAAACGCCAUUGAGUGGAAAAACUCCAUCAAUGAAAGAAAAAUAUGUAGAAAACAUGUUAACUUCAGCAUCAUCAGCACCAGAUUUACGACUGCUAAAAAAGCCAAAAUCGACAUAUUUGACAGAAAAUACUGAAAAAUUGUGCGAGGCACAAACGCUCGGUCAUGUAACACAACUCGAAAAAAAAAUACCAACGCAAAACAUUCCUGGAAGUCUAGCUGGUACUAGACUGCCUCUACCGAUAGGGAGAAUACUUCCUCCUACUACAGAGAAAGUAUUGAUGGUGAAAAUAAAGCCUCGAAAAGAAUCUAAAGUGCCACUCAAGAAUAUCAAAAGAGUCGCUGGCUUACCUACUCCGAUGGAAGGUCAAGCGGCAGCUUUAAGGGAAAAUAUUCUAAGAGGUCAAGGCGAAGCUGGAAUGCCUCUAUCAGAAAGCAAAACAUCAUGUGACAAUUCUCCAGUAUACAAAAUUAAAACUAAUUCCAGUAACACUCCCUCAAAAGAAUCUAUAAUAUGCAACGAGUACUUAGAUGUCAUACCAAUAUAUGCAAGGAGAGAUCGAUACGUAUACCAAAUUUGCAGAAUGUCCGAGAAUGAAGUAAAUCCAUUAUUUGAAAAUAAAUGUACACAUAUGAAUAAAACUAGAAAUGGAGAACCGAUUGUAGUCAUAAAUCAUUUGAAUAGUGAUCGUGACAUAAUGACGAUAGUUGAUGAACUGUUGGCAAAAAACCAUUUUUCUGGAGUCUCCUCCAUAUUUGUUCUUGUACCUUCGGAAGACAACGAUGGUUCUUCAGAUUCUCUUAAGUCUACUAUCUACAAACCAGUAAUUGGAAAUAAAACUCGUGGAGGUGAUAAUAUUAACUCCUCGGUAGAUACCGGUGUGAAUGCUGAAUAUAUUGAUACUUACUUAAUACCAACGUUACAGUCACAGCCUAGAAAAUCGGCCACGACACUGACUUUGUUUCGGACACAAGCCACGCUGUGUGAUACACCACCGUGUAGUAAGCUGCCGCUGCGAAAUACUCAACCUCUACGUGAUACGCCGCCAAGUAAAAAAUUACCGCUACGUAAUAAUAUGCCAACGAGUCAUGAAAGGCCACCAGGUCGCAAUUUACCGCCGCUUCAAGAAAUGCCACCGCUUCAUAAUAUGCAACCGUAUCAUGAACUGCCACCGAGUCAUAGUACACCACCGUUUCAUAAUAGACCGCCGUGUCGUAAUAUGCCACCGUGUAAAGAAAUGCCACCAUGUCAAGAAACGCCACCUUGUCAAAAUACGCCGCCGUAUCAUGAAAUCCCACCGUGUCAUAAUAGACCACCGUGUCAUAGUACUCCACCGUGUCAUAAUAUGCCACCGUGUAACGAAAUACCACCAUGUCAAAAAAAACCACUUUGUCAAAAUACGCCACCGUGUCAUGACAUCGCACCGUAUCAUAACAUCCAACCUUGUCAUAAUAGACCGCCGUGUGAUGCUACUCCACCGUAUCAUAAUAUGCCACCGUGUAACGAAAAACCACCACGUCAAGAAACACCACCAUGUCAAGAAACGCCACCGUGUCAAAAUCCGCCGCCAUGUUAUGAAAUCCCACCGCAUUAUAAUACACCACCUUGUCAUAAUAUACCCCUGUGUCAAGAAUUACCACCGUGUCAUAACAUGCCACCGUGCCAAGAAAUACCACCGUGUCAAAAUACAGCGCCGUGUCAUAAUAUGCCACCAUGGCAUAGUACACCGCCGUGUCAUAACAUGCCACCGUGCCAAGAAAUACCACCGUGUCAAAAUACAGCGCCGUGUCAUAAUAUGCCACCAUGUCAUAGUACACCGCCGUGUCAUAAUAUGCCACCGCGUCAAGAAACGCAGCCAUGUCAAGAAACGCUGCCAUGUCAUAAUCCACCACCAUGUCGCGAUUUGUCCCCGCCGCCGUGUUCAUCUGACAAUCACCAUUGCAACGAAUCUACCGCUGCAACAUGUUCAGAGGUAAAACCAUGUGAUUGCAAUACAGAAAGGUUAAAGGAACUGCUAGAGCAAGCGCUUGGUACGGUAAUGUCACAGAAUAUGAAGUCGGUUUGUAUCAGAGAUCACAGAGACACUGAGACACAGACACUCAAACGUCCUUCCAGUACUGCAGCUGUAGCCACUAAAACUGAAGGAAUAGUAGAAAAUUGUCCCACUUGUCGACUUCCUCCUACUGUCGACGAAUGUGGUUGUGAUCGAAGAAAGAAACGAAUAAAUCUCAAAUCAGUGUGUCCAUGCGAAGCAUACCAGAGAGCGCGACCACGAAAUAUACGUGUUCAAUCGCCCGACGCAAGUGGCUUAAUUCCAAUUCGCCAACCAGGACAGACACAGAUAAUAGGGCCAGCAGGAGAGUCAGGACAGCAAGUCGAAACUGGAAAAAUUUACACCCAAGCGGGAAAUAAACAAGCUAAACACACCACAACAAUCGGUACUUCAACCGACCACGAUUUAGAUUAUAAGAGCAAACGUAUAAAGAAAACAAAAAACGUCAUAUGUGAAUGUCCAGUAGAAGUAUCUGAACGCGAACUAAAGCUAGAACCAAAACCAGCUCCAGAAUCAAGCCCAAAGCCAGAGACAAAUCAAUUUGAAUGGGUUGACGCAAGAGAAGUAAAGAAAAUUAAGUCUAAUUUAACGCAUAGAGUUUCAGGAUUUACAAUGCAGGCAAAAUCACAUCCGCCUUCAACAGAUGAAGAAAGCACAGUAGAUGACGCGCUUAAACAUUACGCAGCUGCGUACCCAGAAGUAUUUGAGCGUAUUGUUAAAGAACAAUUGUCAAAACAGCAAUCACAACCUCCACCGCCUUCACUAGAAACCGAUAACCGACCGACCAACGAAAAAUCGUUGGUAAAUAUUAUAAAAAUUUCAAAAAAACCAAAAACAAAAGUCUACUGCGAGUGGCCUGAAGGAGUCCCACUUCUGCCUUUACGUUCAGUCAAAGAAUUACUGCCCUAUCCUCUAGAAGAGACGUCUUCCUUACCAAUGCCUCUUUCCUCACGCUCAGAAUCUACAUUAUCAGAAAGUCAGUACAGUAAGAGUCCCGUCAGAUGUUUGAAGUUUAAAAUACCAAUCAAAGUUCGCGACUGUAUCGAUGCUAAGUGCGACAACAUGGCUACAGAAAGUAGCUCAUGGCAUAACCCUUUAGCAUCCAAGUUUAUCAUAAACAAAGUGUCUGAGCAUCGGUACAACAAAUAUCUUAAAGUCACCAAUUACCCGAGUCAAACUAAAUGGAAAGUGUACAGGUGUGAAUUGAACGCCCACGAAGACAACAGUAGUUGUUCUUGUAAUUCUAAUGCCAUGUUGGAAGUAAUGAAGGAUGUGUAUUCACGGUUUAAAAACAAAAGAUAUGCUUACACCGCACCUACUAUAAUGCGAAAUGAAAAUAAGGUAAUAGACCUCGAUAUAUCCAGAUUAAAAGAAAAAACAGAAAAAAACAAAAAUGCAGAAAAUACAUCACAUGAUGAGAUGCUAGCAGAAAAAGAGAAUAUUUUGAUUGAAAAGGUCACGGUGAAACAAUCAUCGCCAGAAAGAAAAACACCUCCGCUCAAGAAUUUCUUAAAUAAAAUAAGAAAGGAGCGAAAAUUAUCAACAGAUCCAAAAUCAGGAUCUAGAAGAACUAAAAUACGUAAAUCUAAACCAUCCGGCCAUGACAAAACCCAAAUACCUUUAGGUACUCCUGAAGAAAUAAUAUCGUCAGAAGAGGCACUUAUUAAUAUUUUUCUUAAUGAAACUGAGACUCCUUUGAAAAUAGAUUCCAAAAUGCUCCAUAAAGUAAAGGUGGUAGGACUCACGGCUCCACUUGAAGGGAAAACUUCUGAACAAAAAGAAAAAAUAUUACGUUGCCUCAUAGGGCAUAAUAUUCCCCUGCCUGAUGGUAAAACGUCAUCUGAAAUAAAGGUUAUAGAUAAAAUUCGUAAAGAAGUUGGUUUACCUUUACAGCCUAAAACACAAAUUAUGAAAAAUAGGUACAUCGUUGCGGCUAAUACGGGCCUCAUGCAGCCAUUGGAAGGAAAAUCAGCAGAAGAUAAAGUAAAGAUUCUUCAAGGACUAGGGAAUUUAGGGAUUCCUUUACCGGAAGGUAGGACACCAUCAGAAAAAGCAUUAGUAACUAAAAUAAGAUUAAGGACAAAAGUCUUUUACAUUUCUGAUAGAUUAUCAGCAAAGCUAAGAAAAGCAGAAGAUGCAGGUUUACUGACACCACUCAAAGGAAAAACGGCUGAACAAAAGAAUAAUAUUUUAUCGAGUCUGGCUAUGCAAGGUAUUCCUCUUCCUGAGGGCCAAACGCCAUCAGAAAGAAAAUUUAUUGAGAAGGUGCGUGAUGACCUUGGUUUACCCGUUGAACCAAUAACGAAAUCUAUCAGAGACAAACAUGAACAAGCAGCUAGAACAGGAUUACUUUUACCGUUAGAAGGAAAAACAACAGAGGAAAAACAAAAAAUAUUACUAGGUUUAUACAACAUGGGUAUACCGUUGCCAAGAGGCAGAACACCUUCAGAGAAAAAUUAUAUAUCCACAAUAUUGUCAGCACCACCAAUCCAGCCAGACCUUUUAAUAAACUCAAAAAAUAAUUGCAAACCUAAAUCUGGAUUUGCGCUCCUUGAAGGAAAAACAUCAGCACAAAAAGUUAAAUUAUUAAAAGGGCUUGCAAUGCAUAAUAUUCCUUUGCCUGAAGCCAAAACACCGUCUCAAAUAAGGUUGAUUAAUAUGAUAUGCGCUCGACGUCCCCUCUUGCCUAAGGAAUUAACAAUAAAUGAAAGAUUUAUAAAAGCCGCUGAAACCGGUUUACUCGAUUUAUCUAAAGGAAAAACUCAAGCUGAAAAAGACAAAGUCCUAUCUACAUUAACUGAAUUAGGCAUACCACUACCUGAAGAUUGCACAUCAUCAAAAAGCAUAUUGAUACAGAAAGCAAUAAAAGAACUGAGAAAACUAUCAUUAGAACAGUCAGUAGAAAAAGGAAACACAACCAAUGCCAAGUGUAACUGCAACGAUGAAGCCCCUAAGAAACUUGUACAAAUAAUACCUAAAACAAAAUUAAAAUCAAAAUUUCACCGAGUUAGAGAUUCCAAGAUUACAACGAAGCUUGAAACAAUGACGCCUGACGAAAAAAAUAAAGUACCAACAUCUAAUAUCGACAAUAAACUGCAACAAGCUUUAGAGCAAAAGACUAAAAACGAUUAUUUGAUAAUAUCAAAGUUAAAAAAAUUAAAAAAAGCGAAAGCUGCAAAUCUUUUUGCAAAUCUAGCCGGAAAGUCAAUUUCUGAAAAAGUAAAAAUAUUAAGAAGCAUCGUUGAAAGUGGUUUACCAGUGCCUGAAGGUAAAACGGUAUCCGAAAAAGUCUUAAUAAGGAAAUUUAAGGCAGGAGCGGAUUUAUUACCUCACUCAAAACCAUCAGAAAGGGUUGAGAAAAAAAAAGAAAAGAAAAUUGGCAAAUUAACUUUAAAAAAAGUGAUGAAAGAGGACUCACCACAACAUUUAAAAGAUUAUAUUGGCAGCUCAUAUGAAAAGCAUCAAAUCGUUGAAAGUGAUAAAUUAUGUAUAAAAACAAGUUUUCCUGAAUUUUCAGCACCCUGUGAAGUACCUGGUGAACGUAGUCCUAGUGUUAGAAAUGAAGCGUUCGCCGUCAACGAAAGUCUCAGCGAAGGAAAAAGAGAUACAUGUAUAAGUGCUAUAGAUAUACCGACACAUCCAAUCGUCUGCAGUAAUCGCAUGAUGCUUGACGAAAUAAUGACAAGACUACACCACAGUGACCCGGUGUCCGACUAUUUCGGUAACUUCAGUGAAUCCCAAAAGUCCCGGUAUAAAGUUGAAAUGUUUUCCAGUAAUUCUGGUAUAAAUUUAAGAGCCAAAUUAUACUCGGCCAAAAGCGAAAAUUAUCAACAGAAUAGUUCAACACCUUUUAAAGGGCAUACGAAUAUUUCGGAAAGAAGAGAACCCAGUUCGGGUGACUUUAAAUCGACAGAUAGUGUUUAUAGAGAUCCAAACACACAGUCUGCAGCUGACACUUUAGAUUCUAUAGUAGUAAUAAAAAGUGAAACUUCAUUAUCCUUUAACUCCAGCCCAAGUAAUAGCAGGGAAACCGUCUGUAAGAUGUCUGAUAUGGGCAGUAGCAUCACAUCGUAUUCCUCAAAUUAUUCGAGUAUUCCAUCAACUGUCGACCUCAUGAGUGUAACUUCACUAGAAGAGCUUACAACAAGCGAGGAAAGAAAAGCAAAGCAUUCAGCAGAACAUUUUACUAAGGAACCCGUGGUAGUUAUGGAUGAAUUUCCAAGUGAACUUGAUGUAUCAAAACUAAUGGACAAAAUAAUGACUAAAAAGCGUUUUGCCGGCGCAUCGUCAAUAUUCAUAGUAGUACCAACGUCUGAUGAUGAAGAAGCAGAAAAUAAUAGGAGGUUAAAUUCCGCUACUAGUUUUCUAUCGAGUGAAUCUCCUUUGACAUCAAAAAGUACCAAUUACGUGAAUAAAGAUUCACAGAAAUUAACUUCAACUGCAAAACAAGGUUUAAGAGUAUGUGGUAAAUCAAAACGAUUUUAUAUGCGAGAGUUAUCAUCUUCCAAUGAAACACAGAAGACGGGUCACAAUGAAUCUCGAGGAGUUCUUAAAUACGUCAAGAAAACAAAAAACGAGAUUAGACGAAUUGCCACAUCAAAUAAACAGUUUAGCAUGUUGAAAAAUAAACCACCAAAGCAAGGAAUAGCAAUUGACACGACUGAGGAUAGACCAUGUUGUUGCCAGAUUAAAAAAUCUACAGAUGUGUUAAAAGCUAAAAUUGACAAACCUAUUGAUCCGCACCCUGCGAAUGUUAUACUCAAACCUCGUUUUCUGAAAGAUAAACACUCUGACUGGCUUCAUUCCCUAAGCAAGCGUAGGGGAUCAACUAUUACGUCCGUUGCCGCUUGUCAAAUACAUUCUCAGUUCAGUAACGAACAACCUACAACUCAAACACCUUGUCCUAUCCAUAGUUAUUCACAAAACCCACAAUAUUCACAAUCUGCACAAUAUUCACAAAACGGACAAUAUUCACAAAACGCACAAUAUUCACCACAAUAUCCAGACAAUUACGUUGAUCCUUGUGCAAAUAUUACUUGUGAAUGUCAUGACGACAAAAAAAACAAACCACCUAAAUCAACCAAAACAAAACAAAAAACACAGUCAAUACAGCCUCGCUUAUCACACCUACCAACACAAUUACCCCUACCACACCAAUCGACUCAUUCACACCGAUCAUUCCAACCAUACCAAUCACCGCAACUACCAGAAAAAUUAACACAACCGCGCCAUUCAGGACAACCAUACCAAUUACCGCAACUACCACAACAAUUAACGCAACCACGUCAAUCAGCUCAACCAUACCAAUUACCGCAACUUCCACAACAAUUAACACAACCGCGCCAUUCAGGACAACCAUACCAAUUACCGCAACUUCCACAACAAUUAACGCAACCGCGUCAAUCAGCACAACCAUACCAAUUACCGCAACUUCCACAACAAUUAACGCAACCGCGUCAAUCAGCACACCCAUACCAAUCAACGCAACCGCGCCAAUCAGCACAACCAUACCAAUCGUCCCAACCAUACCAACCAACCCAAUCGACUCAUUCACACCAACCACACCAAUCGACUCAUUCACACCAACCAUACCAAUCAGCACAUCCACGACAAUCAAUGCAACCACGCCAAUCAACACAACCAUACCAAUCAACACCACCAUACCAAUCAACACAACCAUACCAGUCGUCACAUCCAUACCAAUCAAACCAACCCUACCAAUCAACCCAACCAGGUCAAUCAUACCAACCCUAUCAACCAUGUCAACCCUGUCCAUCACACCAACCCAAUCAAUCAUACCAACCGUGUCCAUCAAGCCAUUCGUACCCAACUACCGAUCCAUACCAACAAGCCCAGCCGUACCAAUCAACUCAACCGUACCAACCUGGACAAUACCAACCGUCCAACCAAGCUCAACCAUACCAACAAUACAAACCAUACAUGCGGUCAAGCAAAUCACACCAACCGACCGGAACAAGCCGACCAUUUUACACCCCAGAACAUGAUUACAUUGACGGAACGGAGCAUCGACGCCGAGCAAGUAAAGUAAGAAUAUCAGUGGGACACGACGAAAUGGGCAUAAACGAAAUUGACAGUAGACCUUUUGGUUAG